AUGACGUCGAGGCGUCGACAUCCUGCGAUAAACCACAACAAAAACAACAACAGCAUAUGCCUUGGAAAACUCCCAACAAUAGCUUUAAACUGCCUUUUACCACUGCUACUCCUGCUAUCCUCUGUCAAUACUUCCUUCGGCUAUGCACAAAAUAGCGAAUUAUACGAAUCAUCCGAGUUCCUAAGUGCCAAUAGUCAAUAUGACGCCGACCCAGAUUUUAGGGCAGACGACAAUCAGUUGCAUUUCAUACCACCACCAUUGCCCACCACAUCAACACCCAAAGGGCGGGAUCCGCAGCAACAGGAAACCAUAGAGGAAAAUGUAUUGUCAUUCUCCUAUGAUGACUCCAACACGCCAUCGUUGAUGUCAUCAAACCCUGCGGCCAGUGAUGUUGGAAUGUCGUCUUCGUCGCCAAGCGCAACAACAACUUACACAGAACUAAGUGGUGGCAGUAUAACCAGUGACCGGGUACUACGUGCCAGUGAAAGUCCUUAUGCGGCACGUGAACACAUCGUUGUGGAGAAGGGUGCCAAACUAAUCAUCGAACCGGGAGUUCGUAUUGAAUUUGCCCCCACUGUGGGUAUUACAGUGCGUGGCAUUCUUCAUGCUGUGGGUACCCCUACGGCACGCAUUACAUUAACCGCCCAAGGUCAUAAUGUUGAGUUACCCGAUAUUGAAGAACGCGGCAUACGUUUGGUCGAUGGACCUACACCACUCGAAGGCAGAUUGGAGAUCUUCCAUAAGGGAGCAUGGCGGGCAGUGUGCACAAAUUCCAGGAACUGGACAAUGACCGAUUAUGCGGUGGCCUGUCGUCAAAUGGGUUUCCAGGGUGGACGUUUUUGGAAUUGGGUUGAUCGUAGCCCUGGGCAGAAACCACGUUUGCUCUACGAACUGCCUAACUGUAAGGGUACGGAAAAUUCUCUACUCGAUUGUGAGUGGUCCACAAGGCAGCUGGGAUCCGGAGUUUGUGAUUAUCACAGUGAUAUUGGUAUACAAUGUAAACCCAUGCACAGUCUGCAGUUGAGCCAUUGGGCGGGUUUGUAUUUUGAAAAUGCCCCCACCACGAAAUCAUUGGCCAAAGACAACACAAUUUAUUAUACCCGAUCGCAAUCCACCUUGAAAUAUGUGGAUAUUCUACGAGCAGGAAAUGGUUAUAAACAAUCCGCAAAAUCUGCCAUAGAAGCUGUGGGUGUGCCUCCCCAAACCCAACAUGUGGUGAUUACCCAUUCCGCUUAUACCGGGUUUAAUGCGACCCGCCCUUAUGGUGGCUUUGUAAUGCAAAAUGUUACCGUGCGGAAAAGUAAUGGCAUUGGGGUAUUCGUAAAUUCCAGUCAGGGCUAUGUCCAGCUGAAUGGAUGCAAUGUGCAGGAUAAUGCAGCGGAUGGUGUGAAAUAUGUCGGCCAUGAUUUGAGAGUGGACGAGCGUCCGGAUAGAUCUUCGAUUUAUGACUUUUGUACUUUGCCUACCACAUCGGGGCAGACAUAUCCCUUGACUCUGUCUUUUACCCAAAAAUUUUAUGCCGGUUCCGCAAAGGAGUGUUCGAAGUAUUUUUUCUCAAAGCCCGGUUAUGUCCUCACCGUGCAAUUUGAACAAUUUACGCUGAAGAAUAAUGACACCGCCACUGUGGAAAUUUACGAUGGAGCCUCGGCCAAUGAUCGCCUGCUGUUCGCAUGGAGUGCUAGAAAUUAUACCAGGCCCCAGAGUGUCACGAGUACAAAAGAGAAGUUGUUUGUGCGGAUUAAGGCUGCAAUGAGGGAAGAGAUUUUGGGUUUUCUACGCAUCACCACCGGCGAGUCGAGUGCCUUUGAUUUGAGGGUGGCGGAUUCAGUGGUCCAGGAUAAUGGUGGUCGUGGUAUUGCUGUGGAUGGUAUACGUUCCAGAGUACAUCUGCAUGGUAGUUCGAUAUCGGGUAAUGGCCAUGUGGCUGGGUUCCAUGUGACCAGUGGAGCUGGUGAUGUAAAUAUCACCGAGACCAACAUCAGCUAUAAUCGAGGUGCGGGUGUUAAUAUAACCUAUGUUGGAGGCAAUCGUAAUAUCUCCCGAAGUUAUGUGGAUUUCAAUCGAGGCUAUGGUAUAGCGGUGUGGCUAAAUGAAACCAACGAUCCCAAUCGUGUGGAAUAUAUUGCCAAUAAUCAAACCACUACGGUGGAGUACAGUCACAUCAAUUCCAAUUUGGAGGUGGGGGUACUGCACGGUAACUUCUGCCGACCGAUGUGGGUGAAUUUGACGGGUAACUUUUUCAAUGGCAGUGCGGGUAAUGAUGUUCGCCUGGAAAGCUGUUGGAGAUUGCUGGACAGCAAGGAACCGAAUAUGUUCCUGCAAAUUGGCCAUAACUCGUUUGAGAAUAGUCAACAGAAUUCGGUGUAUCUUAGCCCCGCCUUGAAUAUGCGUGGACGCAUUGAAUUCAAUCAGUUCCGCUAUGGCCAAUAUGGGUGUAUUUAUAUCAAAAAUGAUUUCAUAUAUCAGGAAUUUAAUUUUAUGCCGGUCCAUUUGGUUAUCCAGAGUAAUUAUUUCAGUCGGAACAAGGGGGUACAUGUGGUGUCAUUGGGUCUCUCACCCUAUAGCCGAAGGGAGGUACAACAUUUAUUGUUCACGAGGAAUUUUGUAAAGGAGAAUAAAAUUACGGAAUUCUUUGGCCCCCUGCUAGAUGGUAGUGAGGGUUCGGAUGGUGCUGGUCGCCUAAAUCCUCGAUCUCGGGUGGCAGCUGCUGUGGUGGUUAGUUCCAGUAAUGUGGAUAUAUUCCGGAAUAUUUUAAAUAACCUCGAUUCCGCCUAUGAAAUUGGUUCCCAGCUGAAUGAUCAAAGUCAGAUUAUAAAUGCCACCUAUAAUUGGUUGGGUUCAUCGGAGGAGGUGAAAAUAUUCUCCAGGCUCUUCCAUCGCAAUGAUCGUUACAAUUUGGCCAAGAUCCAGUAUAUCCCUUACCUGCUGCAUAGCUCCAAUCCUGGUUCAACUACGGUAAUUUACACUUCGACUUUUGUGCCGCGGUUUUAUGUGGAAAAUUCCGAAUAUAUUGGAGGUGAGGUGGAUGGCCAGGAAAUGAUUCCACCCGGGACAUAUACGGUUAAUAAGGAUAUCAAUAUUCGUCCGGGAGGUAAAUUGAUUUUACAACCUGGUGUGACGUUGCAAUUUGAACCCAGUGUGGGUAUGAUGGUGGCAGGGAAAUUGGAGGCACGUGGCCGGCGUCCUGAUGAUAUUUUCCUAACCCUCAAAAGGCAACCUAUUAUGGAUGUGGACAGCUCCACCUUGGAUCAUGAGUUGAUUGAUAUGAUCGAUAUGGAAACGGAAUCGAUUAUGAAGGUGGAUGAAGAACCCAAGGUCCCGGUAAGGCUACUGGGUGGUGCCGGACCCUAUGAAGGUCGGCUGCAGUUAUAUGUCAAUGGUCGCUGGGGUACAGUGUGUGAUUAUGGUUGGACGGAACUGAAUGCGGCCCUGGUGUGUCACCAUUUGGGAUAUACCCUAAAUCCUAAAGAUUGGCGUUUGCUGAGGUCCCAAAUGCCGGCAGUGGGUUUAACGGAAGAUGUGAUUGUCUCCAAUGUCCAGUGUACCGAACAUGAUCGUGACAUUACCAAAUGUAAAGCGGAAUAUUUGUGGCAGGGUGAUUUUGAAAAUUCCUGUAGCCAUGAAAAUGAUGUGGGUAUACGCUGCUAUGAGGGAGCAUGGGCUGGGGUACGUUUCAGUAUGCUGGCGGAACGGGCGGAUUUACAAUAUGUGACUAUUGAGAAGGCUGGAUUGUUUGAUUAUACCACGAACUCCUUUAAGCCUGCCCUGCAAAUGGAUUUUGCCCGCCAUAAUUUGGAUAAUGUGCGGAUUGUGGAUAAUCUCGAUGAUGGCUUGGGUGUGAUAUAUGCCGAUCUAUAUGGUGGCAAGGCGAUAAAUAAUAUUCGGAACUCGGAGUUUGUGGGUAAUCGUGGUAGCGGUAUAAGUUUGAAACAAUUGGAUUUCAGGAUACAGGGGUCAAUUAUUAAAAAUAAUUUGGGUAGUGGUAUAUCCCAUGAUCCCGUCAUUGCGGCCAAGGAUCAAUUUGAAUUGGGUGGUUGGUUUAAAAUGGCUGUGGAUUUUAAUACCUUCGAAUCGAAUUAUGAGCCAUAUGUUUUGCCCCGGGAUGAAGGUAACAUCGAAUUGGGCACCUGGGAAAGUAAAUAUAUAAGGACCGAGGAAGUAAUGCAAGGAGGUGCAGGAGGAAAUGUGGAGAGGAAAUUACACAUCAGAUGUCCGGCGGGUUAUGUAUUGGGUAUCCAACUGCUAAAUCCCAUAAAUAACCUCUCCACGGAAUCUUUGAAAAUUCUGAAUUCCCAAUCGGAAAACCCCCGAGCACAAAUGUGGGAUGUCAAGCGGGAUCUGAAUGUAUUUCCCACCACCAGUAGCGGUUAUGGUAUCAUCAUUUAUUAUGAAAGCGGUGAUAAUGCCCUAGGCGGAGCAGUGCUCAUGGUGACCACCGUCCAAGCGCCCAUACAAAAUAUACGCAAUCGCAUUGUUGGCGGACCCGUACCCUCAUUGCACAUACGUUCGACAAAAAUACAAAAGAAUCUGCGCGGCAUAUCGGCCUUGUACUACAAUCGCUACUAUGGCAGCCAGGGAGAGCUGUAUAUGCGCAAGGCCAAUGAGUCCAUAAAAAUUGUCAACAGUGAAAUAAGCAACAAUGAUCUGGAGGCCAUCCUUAUCAAUUCUCCCUACUGGGAUGUGAUUAGCAGUAAUCUUUCAGAGAUCACCCUGCAUGUGAAUAAUUCGAAAAUCCUACAAAAUGGUUAUGGCCUGAGGCAAUUGUCGAAGGAUUUGCGUUCCUCGAAUAAUUUGUUCCAUUAUGUGAUCCAGGAUACCACGGUGGAGGAUAAUAAAAAUGGUGGCUUCCAGGUAUCGCUACCUUAUGUUUGGCAAUACAAUGAGAAUUUUACCCAUAGCAUACAUUUUGGCAACACGACCUGGCAAAGGAAUCGGAAUUUCUAUAUCGACGUGUCGGGGCAUUAUGCCGAUUUCAAUAUAACCUCAAAUGCCUUCUUGAAUAAUCAGGCCCCUAGAAGCCUAAUUUCGGUGAUGGGUAUGGAAAAGAGAAUGAAAUUCAGCUACAAUCGCAUCGAACAGAAUCAGGCCAAGUUUAUUAUGGAAUUUAAGGCCGACAGCUUAAUUGAGAAAUUUGGUGAGGUCCACGCACUUGUGGAAUAUAAUACCAUUAAGCAAAAUAACAAUUAUGAGGGUUUGAGGCAUUUACCCGCGCUCAAGCAUGCACGCAGACAGGCCACCCUGAAUUCCCUAAACACCGCAGUUAUACGCCUGGAUGGCAUACAAAAUGUACGCCUCUAUCGGAAUCUUAUUUCGGAGAAUAGUUUGAGAUAUAAUCUAGUGGCUGGUUUGAGAUCCGCUCGAGUAGACAACUAUGUCUAUGCCACCGAGAAUUGGUGGGGCUCCACAGAAAUUUCACAAAUUGAGUCGAAGAUUUUCGAUUUUGAUAACUGGAAUGAUCAUGCGGAUGUGAUUUAUCAGCCCUUCCUUAUCGAAGACACCAUGGAUGCCAGUAUUUCUUUGGUCAAGGAAAAUCGGGAUCUCAUCGAUCUGAACAACUGGCAGGGUGGACGUAUUUACAGCGAUUUGACUCUACGGAAACGUGAGCAACCCUAUUUGAUACGCAACGAUAUUACGAUUAUGCCCGAGGCCACCCUGACCAUACAACAUGGUGUACAAAUGGAAUUUGAAACGAAUGUCGGAAUGCUGGUCCUAGGAACCCUUAAUGCCAUUGGUUAUGAGGAAUCUCCCAUUGUUAUGAAACCCUUUAAAAAUGCCACCCAUGAAUCGUAUUCCCUGAUCAACAAACGUGCCCUUGAAAUGGAAAUGGAACAGCUGCAGACCUAUGACUCCAUACGUCUCUGCACCAAUUCCCAAAAUUGCAGUUCCGAUAUGGAUAAAAUGUUCGAAAUUAAUCAAGGAUUUUUGGAAUACUUCAACCACACCACCCUGCAAUGGGUGCCGAUAUGUGAUAGCCGCUUUACGGAACGUAAUGCCCAGGUGGUGUGUCGAGAAUUGGGCUAUGACCCACUCAAUGUCUACUACAGUCAUGAUCGGCGUAUUGAAUUCCAUACCAAUUCUCUUACACGAAUUUGGACCUGGGUCCAACCUUUGGAAUGUCGUGGCGACGAACUGCGUAUGUCAGAUUGUGAAGAGCGACUCAAUGGCCAGGUCUAUGGGCAUCGUCAUGAAUGCCAUUGGGAUGAUGUGUUCGUCUUUGUUAGCUGCAAGGGGGUACCCGAAGAUGAGGUCUACUGGGGUGGAUUACGUUUCAGUAAUUCGGAAUUUGAGCAGAAUCAAUAUGAACAACGUUAUCAUGACAUACACACCCAUGGUCAGCAGAAGAAUCAGCAAAGUCGUCUGGAAUUUGUGAGAAUCGAAAAUGCCGGAAUCCUGCACAAUCAAAAAUCGGCAGCCAUUCAGGCGAUCUACAAAACACCCUCCAUAUCGGCGGUAACCAUACGUAACUCGGCCAAUCAUGGUCUGAACUUUGUGGUACCCUCAGGAGCCCUGAACCUCAAUCUCCUUAACCUCUCCCAAGCCUUGGGUUCCGGCAUUAAUAUUCUCUCCCUUACCGGUGAGGGGCGGGAAAGUGAUGAAUCGAGUUUCACACCUCUAAAGAAAUUGGACAUACCCUAUAAACUGUUCUCCAUGAUUGAUAUAUGCGAUCCCCAGAAAGCCAUCAUUGUGGAAGAGAGGGUUCUACUCUACUAUAAAUAUGACAAUAAUCCCGUAAAUUGUGUCAAAAUGUUUACCUCUGCCUAUCGUGCUAAGCCUUUGGGAUUCCGUUUACUGCAAUCGAAUCUGUUCAAUCAUUCCAAGCUAUAUGGGCGCAUGGAUUCCAUACGCCUCUAUGACGGCGAUGUCUAUAAUGUCACCUCCUUAUUUAUGGGCCAGAUUGAAUCGGAUACCAAUAAUCAAAAGUCAUUCUUUAAGACUGAAGGUCCCACGCUAAGUGUUCAUUUAAUGGCCAGUGGUGCUCCAGAAUAUCAUGGAUUUAUAGCCGAGGUGGUCACGGUGCCCAUAUCGACAAUUGGUAUAAAUCGCGAUGCUUUACACAACAUAACCAAUUCGCAUAUAAGUGGAGCCAUUAAAGGUGCUGUAGUCUAUACAUCGGCUGGUGAAGUUACACCCACCUUAACAUUGACCUCCAAUCGCAUUCAGGCGAAUUGUUUGCAGUUAUAUGGCAAUUUUUCUACUUGCGAUGCUGCCCUGCAUGUUGAUGUCCAGAAUAUGAAUUCAUUUUUCUUUAUGAACAAUCUACUACUUGACAAUCAAGGUGGCCUUAAAUUGCGUGCUGAUUCUCGCGGCUCUGCAACAUCACUACGCGGCUUUAUACAUCACAAUCUUUUCCUGAAGAAUCGUAAUCGCCCUGCCCUCUUUGUGGAGGGUCGUCAAUCGUCGCCGUAUCAAGAAGUUGAAUUAUACCGAAAUUAUUUUGCACAAAAUCACGCCGGUUACGAGGAUGUUAUACGUCUCCGGCAGGUUGUCUCGAAUUUCAGUUAUAAUUAUGUACAUAGUAAUGUGGGUGGUCGGAUAGUGGAGGUAUCGGGCUUUGAAAAGGUCCGAUUGCCGAUUUAUCAGAGUACGGCACACAAUGGAUUUUAUAGGAACACUGCCACAAAUUGGAUGGGCCGAGCCACAAUUGUUGCUGGCACAGCCGGCCAGCAGUAUGUUGAUAAUAUUUUCGAGAAUCCCGAUAAUGAUUAUGAAAUUAUUACCGUCAAUAGUUCCAUCUUGAGUAUUGACUACCGAAACAGCACCAUUGAAUUGUGGAAAUCGAAAAUUGAUGCCCGUCACAACUAUUGGAGUUACAAUAAUACGCUAUCGGUGCAGUCAAGGAUUAAAGAUAAGACAGAUGACCCCUUGCUAUUGGAAGUCUUGGCCGUACCCUUCCUAAUGAACAAUCAAACUGUGUUGGAUGGUAAAUGUCCACCGGGAUGGUCACAAGUCUCGGAUACAUGUUUUAUGUAUGUCGGUGUGCCGAUGACAUUCCACGAAGCCAAAGAAUUUUGUCGAUCGGAAAAUUCGUCAAUGCCUUUUAUCAGGACAGAUAGUACCACCCUGUGGAUUUAUUUGCAGAGUCAAAUGAGACAUUUGAAAUAUCCUGAAAAGGUUUGGGUCCAGGAUUUCAAUUAUAUUGAUCGUUGCACCAGUUUUGCCUAUAUGGAAAUAACCGUUGAGGAAUGUAACAAGGAAUUAGGUUUCAUUUGUGAGGUGGAUCCAAAGGUGGUUAUUGAUCCCUUGUCCUGGCGUGCUGACAUCUUUGCCAUUAGCAUUAUUUCCGCCUUUAUAUUGGCCUUGAUUCUAUUGAUUUUGGUCGGCAUCUGCUGGUAUGCCAAGUCCAAACAUCGCCAUGCCCAAAGAUUGCAGCGCCGCAAUAGUAUACGCCAAAGUUUGCGCAGUUUGAAUAGCAUUGAUCCCCAGGGUUCUUUGAGGAGAAGGAAUUUUACGUCUACGGGUACCCUCACGAAAAGCAUGGCCCAAGAUUAUAAAAUGAUGGGCAAUGGCUCCUUUGAAUCGAUUGAUAAAAGUGUUCUCAGCUCAGAGGCCAGUUUUGAGCCCUAUGAAAAUCAUCGCCCCAAUGGAGGCGGUGAUAAAUCGGAAUAUAAUAGCCCACAAAAAUCGCAAAAUGAAUACGUGACCAGUGUUCGCACUCCUGGUAGUACGUCUGGUUCUAUGGGACCACCUCGUGUUGCCACCAUCGGUUCAGCAUCUAGGGCCCGGGGUCGAGCUACAGCUGCUGCUUUGGCAGCUGCGGCGGCCCAACAAAAACCUCCACAAAAUGAUUUUGAACUUUCCUAUCGCAAUGAAGGUUUCCGGGAUAAUUCCACCUAUUCGGGGACACGAAAUAAUUCGAUUAGUACAAGUAUAGCAGAGGACACACCGAUUAUACAUCAAACCGAUGCUGAGGAGACAGGUUCAGAUUAUUAUGGUAAUGCCAGUACAUUACCUCUACGCUAUGAUCCCAAUGAGAAUUUAGCUUUCCUUUCGGAACUAAAACGUAACAUACCCGAAGAUCAGCGGUCGAGUCAAAUGUCCGAUAAGCCACCUUCAACAUUUUUACCGCCCACAAUGGCUGCCGUUCAUCAUCAAAAGCAGCGGCCCGCAAAAACACCCUCCCCGACAACGAAUCAAACCGCCUCGAGUAACAACUCGACAACGGGCAGUUUGACAUACGAACAAAAAAUCGACAAUCUUAACUUCAGUUCUUUAGCCGAAUUACGUAGCAAUAAUACUAGCCAAGUAAGUCCAACCACGGCGCCGGCAGAUAUUCGAAGGCCAGACUCAUAUAUGGUGGCUGUGGGUGCCAAUCGAUUUUCAAGGCCAGCCUCAUCGAUAGGUGGGGGUGGAGGUGGUGGUAGUACACCCAAGUAUGAUACACCCACAAUAUCAAUGGCCUCUCAGCUGGCUAGUAGAAGACCCAAAACGGUCUAUGAAAAUGGUGAUUCGGCGGCCAGUUCAACGCUGCCCCACUCCCAUCACCCACAGGAUGGUUUUCCCGCCUAUCAUCGCUCCCGUUCUGAAGCUUUGCUAGAGACUGAUUUAGAUAUGGAUAAUAGUCCGCCGCCAAUGGAUGCAAAUGGCCGUUGCCAUAGUCAGCCAUUGGAAACCUCAAUGUAA